UGGGUCGCCGUAAAUGCAAUAUAGAUGACAUGAUCACAUUAUUACUUCAUAUUACAGAUUCUGUGACUCUCUUUUGUUCUUAUCAUCACCGACUCCUCCCGUGUAUAUCAUCAUCUUCUGAGUCUUACAAUAACAAAACCCAUUCUUGGUGUAUUCCGUUGAUGGGUCAUCCAAAAAUCCAAGCUUUAAUCGAUUUUUCCUCUUAAGGUGAUUGAUUUUUUACGUUAGCUGAGGUGAAAAGUAGAGAGAAUUAAGAGAUUUAAAUCUGCAUAAGGAACGCAUCAGCUUUUUGUAUUAAAGAAGAAAUCAGAAGGAGAACGAGGAUAGAUACAUACAGGCAAAAGAAAAACGUUGCUGUUAAGAAAAAGUUUGCUCUCUCUCUGCCUUAAGCGAUAGAAGAAGAUGGUGGCUUUUGGGAAAUAUCUGCAGCGGAAACAAAUCGAAGAAUGGAGAGGCUAUUACAUCAAUUACAAAUUGAUGAAGCAGAGAGUAAAGCAAUAUGCUGAACAAAUACGUGGCGGAUCUCAACAUCCUCGCCAUGUUCUCAAAGAUUUCUCCAGGAUGCUCGAUACUCAAAUUGAGAAAACAGUCCUAUUCAUGUUGGAACAACAAGGGUUGCUGGCAGGGAGAUUAUCCACGCUGAGGGAAACGCAUGAUGCUGUUCUCGAGCAGCCUGACAUAUCGAAAAUCGUGGAGCUACGUGAAUCAUACAGAGACGUUGGAAGAGAUCUUCUACAGCUUCUGAAAUUCGUUGAGUUGAACGCCAUUGGUCUCCGCAAGAUACUCAAGAAGUUUGACAAACGUUUUGGCUAUAGAUUCGCCGACUACUACGUCAAAACCAGGGCUAAUCAUCCUUACUCACAGCUUCAACAAGUGUUUAAGCAUGUGGGUGUAGGAGCUGUUGUUGGAGCCAUUUCUCGAAAUCUUCAUGAGCUUCAAGAAAACGAAGGAAGUUUCUAUUCAAUCUACGACCAACCUGUUCUUCCACUUCAGGAUCCAGUGGUCGAGGCAAUUAAGACAGCAGUUGACAAGUUAACAAACUCGACGAGUUUCCUCAACUUCUUGGCACAGCAUGCUCUUAUCAUGCAAGAUGAUCUCCAGACUCCUUCAGAGGAUACCAUCGAUGAACGGACUUACCAUUUUAACUCCUUACUCCUGAACUUAGGAAACACGUUUUUGUACAUGGUCAACACAUACAUCAUCGUCCCUACAGCAGAUGACUAUUCAAUGAGCCUCGGAGCUGCAGCUACUGUUUGUGGUGUUGUAAUUGGAUCUAUGGCCGUGGCUCAAGUCUUCUCCUCGGUUUAUUUCAGCGCUUGGUCCAACAAAUCUUACUUCAAACCUCUUGUGUUUAGUAGCAUCGCUCUCUUUAUCGGAAACUUAAUGUAUGCGUUGGCUUAUGAUGCAAACUCCAUUACUCUUCUCUUAGUAGGCCGUCUCUGUUGUGGGCUGGGGUCAGCAAGAGCUGUGAACAGGAGAUACAUCAGUGAUUGUGUGCCUUUGAGAAUCAGAAUGCAGGCAUCUGCAGGCUUUGUGAGUGCUAGUGCUCUUGGAAUGGCGUGUGGUCCUGCACUAGCCGGUUUGCUCCAAAUCAAAUUCAAGUUUUACAAGCUGACGUUUAACCAGUCUACUUUGCCUGGUUGGGUCAUGGCUGUGGCGUGGCUGUUCUAUUUGGUAUGGCUAUGCAUUUCAUUCAAGGAGCCGUUGCGUGAUACAGAGGAGCAAGAAAGAAGCAAGCGUAAUGAAACAAGUUCAAGUAAUAAUCUUACUAUUCUGGAAGUAAAACUGUUCCUUUUACUGAUUGUUAACGAGUUAUUUGAUUGGAUUCUCUUGAAUGAAUAUGCAGUGACAGAGAGAAUUGAGGAAGGUAUUCGGAAGCCGUUGUUGAUUACUUCAGGGAUCUUGCCGGAUGAUGAAGAGGAUUGCGAUGAAAGUGAAGAGUCUGCAGAUGAUUCUCGCAGACCUGCAAACUCUUUCGGUGAUGCAUACCGCCUUCUUACUCCAUCUGUUAAGGUUCAACUGCUGAUCUACUUCAUGCUCAAGUACGCAAUGGAGAUAUUACUGUCUGAGUCUAGUGUGGUUACGUCAUACUAUUUUGGCUGGACAACAAGCUCCGUUGCCAUCUUCUUGGCGUGCCUUGGACUCACGGUGCUACCUAUCAACAUUCUUGUGGGAAGUUACAUCAGUAACAUGUUUGAAGACAGGCAAAUCCUUUUGACGUCUGAGAUCAUUGUCUUUGUUGGGAUCCUCUUCAGUUUUAACUUGUUUGUUCCAUACACUGUACCGCAAUACGUGAUCUCUGGUCUAGUAAUGUUCGUUGCUGCUGAAGUACUCGAAGGUGUGAAUCUAUCAUUGUUGUCUCGGGUAAUGUCAUCAAGGCUAUCAAAAGGAACUUACAACGGAGGAUUGCUGUCUACGGAAGCUGGGACGCUGGCUAGAGUUGUGGCGGAUGUAACUAUAACGUUGGGAGGAUACUUGGGAAGAAAUCAUCUGUUGAAUGCAACUCUGCUACCAUCACUUGUCAUCUGCAUUGGCUCCAUUGUUGCUACUUGUUGUACUUAUAACUCUCUCUAUUGAUAUAUGUUAAGGGAUUUUGCUACCAGUUUUACAAAAUAGAAUUAAAAAAAUGGAACGGUGUGUAUCCUCUCUCUUUGUUUGAUUCUUUUUUGUUGUCACCAAGGUUCCUAACUCCAAUGGUUGCAUAUGUGCUCAAUUAUAUACAUAGGAAUCUUGUUCUUGUUCCUGUGUUUCGUGAGCUUUUGAUUGAGUUAUUUAUUCCAGUGUUUUUUUCCCUAA